GCGGGCUUGAACGCGCGAACGCGACCCGCGGGGAUUGGAUGGCUUUCGGCCUGAGCUGCACCUGCACUUCCCCGCUUUUCUCACCAGGGCCAACGCCAACUCAAGAGUGACUAUUGGGUGACACUUGAUCGGCUCUUCAUGGCCUACCCGGGAUAUGGAGGAGGGUUUGGAAAUUUUAGUGGUCAGAUGCCAGGAAUGCAAAUGCCAGGAACAGGUCCAAACAUGUUCCCUGGUGGUUACUCUGGGUACCCAGCAUAUUCAGACAAUUAUUCUUCAGCUGAUGAUGCUAUGUGGAAUUAUUUCACUGCUGUUGCUGGACAGGAUGGUGAAGUGGAUGCUGAGGAACUUCAGAAAUGUUUGACACAGUCUGGAAUCAGUGGAACUUAUUCUCCCUUCAGUUUGGAAACCUGCAGAAUUAUGAUUGCCAUGUUGGAUAGAGAUUACACAGGAAAAAUGGGGUUUAAUGAAUUCAAGGAGCUUUGGGCAGCUCUUAAUGCCUGGAAACAGAACUUCAUGACCAUUGAUCAAGACCGAAGUGGCACAGUAGAGCAUCAUGAGCUGAGUCAAGCCAUUGCUAUUAUGGGCUAUAGGCUGAGUCCUCAAACGUUAACUGCUAUUGUUAGACGUUAUAGUAAGAAUGGCAGAAUUUUCUUUGAUGAUUACGUUGCUUGCUGUGUGAAGCUUCGAGCAUUGACAGAUUUCUUUAGGAGAAGAGACCACUUGCAACAAGGGUGUGUGAACUUAAUUUAUGAUGACUUUUUGCAGGGGACCAUGGUAAUUUGAAUGCCUUGUAUUUGAAAGCAGAAGAAAUACUGUGAAUUUGUUUGCUUGGAAGAAGUGAACUGGACUAACUUAAAUUAAAACUUUGGGUACUUUUUCUGAUCCUACUUGUUUAAUUUUUUUCCUAACUAUGUGUUUUUACUUUAAUCCAUAGUUCAAAGCAAGAAAAGAUAAAGAUUGUUUUUUUUCCCAAAAGUUAUCAUUUUGCAAAUAUCUGCACACUGUUGUAGAAUAUUGGCACGAAUUAAUUGGUGUCAAAACUUCUUACCCUUAAUUUUUAACAGUGAAAACCUAGAGGAAUGUACUAAUGAAAUUAUGUAAGAUUAUGUAAAGAAGCCAAUGACUAAAGCUUAGAUAAAUUUAUACUUAUAUGAGAGAUACAGAUUACACUUUUGAAUUGUAUUUGUAGAGGUAGGUUUUUGAGGGUCAGCUAGAAGGGAAAGUCUGGAUUUUGUGCCAUCUUUGUUGUAGGAUUUGUUCUUUGAUCACAUAAUCAAAGAACAUAACCUUUUAAGUUUUUGCCUAUGAAAAAGAAAAUUGCAGUUACUACAAAUGUAUCCUAAUUUGAAUCUAUAGAAAAAAACUACAGUAGGCAUUGCUUUUCCUUUUUAAAAUUUUUUUGCACUGCAUAGUUUUCUUCAAUAUAUUAUACUGUAUACUGUGAAAUAAAAAGUUCUUUAAAAACCAGAUUUUCCUUCUGGCUUGUAUUUCAUUAGUGAAAACAUACAUAACCUGAAAUUUCAUUUUUCUCUAAGUCUAGAUUGGGGUAAUGACACAUUUUUGAGAAAUCGUCAACUUUUAAAUUUGUUGUUAAACUGAGUUGAUAUUAUUAUGUCAACUGUUUAUAAAGUUCUAAAUCAAGUAAGCUAUGCCUGUAUUUAGAUCUUACAAAGUUGUAAGUUUGGGUUAUUUGACUACAUUAGCAAGUGGCUUUAAUAUUAGUAAAUCAAUAACUAUUCUGAUUAUAUCUUUGUAAUAUGGGUUAUUGGGUAUAGGAGACACCACAACAACAUUUCUUGGUGGUUUUACUACAGAAAUUAUAAAGCAGAGUCACCAAUUUCUUAACAUUGAGAUCCCUGGCAUAAGCUGUCAUAAUUAAUGUAGUUUCUUUCUUGGCAAACAACCUAAGUCUUUCUUAAUGAAGAUUUAAUAAACCACAUGUUUUUCUCACACUUUAUCUGAACAUCUUCCAGCCUGAAGGUGACUAUAAAUCGAUAUAAUUUUAGUCUGGCUGGUAACCAAAUUAACAUACAGUUUUUCUAAAACUCCAUAUUUUGUAAAGGAUGGAAGAUGGGUGAUAGUCCAUCUUGGAAAAAAACCCUUUUAUAAAUGAAUUGAAAAUUACCUUUUACUUUUAAAAAUCAUAAAUUUUAAAAGAAAGGAAGAAAUAUAUAAUUAUUUGACAAUGACAGUUUUUUAUAAUUUGCUGUCAAAUUCACUUAGUUUAAUAAUAAUGGAUCAAAAAUAAUCUGUAUAGUUUUGUCCUCUGGCUGUUAUUUUAUUUUUCAUGGACAUAUAUUUAUUAAUGUGAGAGGAUAUUACCUGAGUCAUAACAAUACAUAAGUAUAAUUUUAAAAGUUGCAGGAAAAAGAAACCAGAUAGUGUGAUCAUUCAUGUUGUAUAAUGGUAAUGAUAUAACCCAGGAACUUGGAACCUUAACUUAUAGGUGAUACAUUAUCAAGUUAAUAUGCUGUUCUAUGUUUAGGUAGAGAAUUGUCAUUGCAUCCUGUAAGAUGGUCAGUUAUGAUAGUCUUCCUAACUUGGAGGCUCACAGUUGGGGUAAAACUUUAAAUUUAACAUACACUAUUGUUCAUAAAAGUUUCUGCCAAAUGACCCUUGUAUUAGAACUCUUCACACAAUUCCCUAACUCAUUCUUUUUUAAAGAUGCUUCUAUGCAUUUUGGUGUUGAGAGAUGUGAAGUUUCCAUGGCCAAACAUAAUUGGAAAUUCUCAUCUUCAGGGAGUUUAAUAACAUACAUUAGCAUAUGAAAAUAUGCAUAGGUACAUAUGGUUAUGUCAAAUUAUCAUGGUUUGACUCAGGUUAUUCCAAAAUGUUGACCACAGAACCCUUUUUCCUAGCAAAACCUAUAUUCCCUUCUGAUCUAGCUUCAUCAUCAGGCAAUGCUUUUAUAUUAUAAUCAAAUUAACAAUCUUAUAAACACAUUAGGCAGUAUCUUUUAUCAGGAUUUUUGUAUAGAAAUGCAUUUCACUUUUUUGAUGCUGUUAACAUAAUUAAUGUGAACAGAUAUCUUUUUUGUUUUGUGAUGGACACAAUUGCAAUGUAAAUAGUGUGUGAUAGUUUGUAUUGGUUAACUUAUACCCCAAUUGUGAUGAUGUAAAGUACUGAAUAAUGUACACUCUUAAUGUAUAAGUGCUUUUAUUUAUACAGUAAACAUGUUUCCAUGUCAUUUUGAGAAUUUUUUAAUAAACAUUCAAAUAGCUUGCUGUAAA